AUGGAGUAUAUGUCCGCUCUGCAGAAUGAUUUCGACGACUUCAAACCGUCCUUGUUUGAAAUUCUCUCUGAGCAGCAGCUAUCUGCUCUCCUUCCGCCUUCUCUCCGCUACCUUCUCGCUGUAGCUACACACCGCCAUCCUCGCUACCUUCUCCGCAUCCUCAACUCGUUCGACGAAGUCUACGCGCUGCUCUCUCUGGUCGUGGAGAGAUAUUACCUCAAGACCUUCGGCGGCUCGUUCACGGAGAACUUCUACUCCUUGAAGCGCGAGCGUGUUCUCGAAAUUAAGAAUGGCGAGGUUCCAAGAGCGCAAUUGGGUGCCGCUGGGCCCGUGCGGGAUACGUUGAAGCUCCGUAGUUCGGAUGUAUGGAGGAAUCUAGCCGUGCUGGUCGGACUGCCGUAUCUAAAACGGAAAUUGGACGAAGGAUACGACAUCCACGCUGCUCCGCAGGCGGCGCUGGCGAUGGGAGGAGGUCCGAGAUACAAUCCGGCCGACGACCUGCCGCACAAUCCGACCAUCCGCCAAAGGUUAAUGUUCUACUACAAAUGGUUCCUGAGGAACGUCUAUCCUUCGAUCAACGCGGCGUACUAUUUUUCGAUUCUGGCGUUCAACCUCGCCUAUCUCUUUGAUAACACGAAGUAUUCAUCUCCAUUCCUCUGGCUGAUCGGAACGCGAAUCAGGCGGUUGAGCUCGGCGGAUCAUAAAGCUAUCGCAUCGAUAACCGAACCGAAACCUCUCAGCGGUGCCAGCGCACGACCUGGGGCAAGCCGCCUCGGCAUGCUCAGCCCACGCAACCUGUAUCCACGCGUGCUGGGCUCGCUAAAAUUCCUCCUCCCGGCGUCAAUAUUUGCUCUUAAAUUCCUAGAAUGGUGGCACGCAAGCGAUUUCUCCCGCCAGCUAGCCCGAAAGGCGACCGAGGCGCUCGAUCUCCCCGCUCCAGUGAUCUCAGGGAUGCCACCACCACCACCACCUCCCUCGAUCAAACCCACUCUCCCAUCGGCAUUGAAGCAAUCCGGCCAAACCAAGCUCACCACGCUCCCCACCUCUUCCACCUCCACAACCACAUCCACAUCCACAUCCACAUCACCGCCCACCACGUCAAAACACCGACAGGCCCCGAUCUCCUCCACCUCAUACCUCCCCAUCUUCACCGUCCCGAUCCCCAGACCGGACUCCUCCACUUCUUCCUCCCAAGACACCCACAACACGUGCCCGAUCUGUCUUCACCCGCUGGUCAACCCCACCGCGUGCCAGACCGGCUACGUCUUCUGCUACAGCUGCAUAUUCCGCUGGCUGAACGGCGAGCAUGACCGACAGCUCGACUUCAUGAACGGUACCGGCGGUGAGUGGGACGAUGACCCGGAUGCGGACGGGGAGAAUGGGACUGAGGGUGCUGGGGUCAAGGAGUACGGCGAGAAGGGUGCUGCGGGGAAGAGUAGGGCUGGUAAGUGGGAGAGUGGGAAGGGACGGUGUCCGAUCACCGGGAGACGGGUGCUGGGUGGAACAGAGGGGCUUCGUAGGGUGCUUGUGUAG